AUGUAUAUAUUAGGUCCACCGGGUUCAGCCACCGAUAACUGUCAGAUAACGAAUCAAAGACAGCGUACUUCCCACAAAAUGCGAAAUACGAACAUCGUAAGUUUCGCGCCUGCUGCAGCGUCACCGAUUCCCACCACUAUCGGCAAUGAUUCAACGCGACAUCUGAUGCAGAAAAUUCUAGUCCUAAAAGACCUUUAUUCCACCUCUAUCGAACAAUUCGGAUAG